GUCUCGUAACACGCAUGUCUUAUGAAAACUUGAACUUUUGCAUCUGCUAAAUGCCAUCGUCCGAUAUGAUUCUUUUGGCUGGCGUUCCAAUAUAUCAAGAUUAAGAAUGCUGCUGUAAAGACGCACACUCGCCUUUGGAUAUACGUGUCUUACAAGCACGUUCUGAAGUGUCUGGUGGAUAUUUUAUAGGAUUUUAUUCGCUUGAAUAAUUUUUAAUCUAUGAUGACUUUCAAGCGAUGUGUAUUUCUGUUUUCAGUGAAUGUUGGACGACGCCCUGCCUAAACGAACACACAGAUGAUUCAAUUCAAUUCCUGGUGCAUGUGCACGGCCAAACGAACGGGCCGGAUAUGGACCUUAUCAUGAACCCUGCCACGUGCGCUACUACUUACUGCCCUCCGAACUCUACGUGCGUGCAGACGUCAAGCCACGUCUACUGCGAUUGCGUGCCCGGAAAGACUGGUAUAAAUUGCACCAUGGACGAUCCUUGCCUGGAAACCAAUGUAAACUGUCCUCGGGGGAUGAAAUGCUUUGGUCCCUGCAACCCGAACGUGUUCUGUCAAGGGGCCACCGGUAUUCCACAGUGCUCCAACUGCAUUGCCGGUUACAAGGGUACCAACUGUGACGAGGACGAGGAUGAAUGUAAAGAGUGGAAGGACGUGUGUAAGUCAAACGGCCAGUGCACGAACACGUUUGGGGGCUACUGGUGCGAUUGCAAGGUGGGCUACAGCGGCGAGAACUGUGAAAUCUGCAAGCUAUCAGAGGCUGAAUGCAUAGAAAAUAGUAGACACUCAGAAGAGGACGUAUCUAAAAAGACCGGAAGUGCCGCGGAGUCGCUUCACAUAGUGUCUGUUUGUAUUCCAUUGACCUUGACAUUCAUCAUGUCGUUGUGGAUAUAACACUGAAUAGAUCUCGCCCGUUUUUAUUGUUGUUUAUUUCUAUUGUUAGACAUGUCAAAACCAUAUAUAGUCUAUUGAAUUCAUUGUUGUUUUUCUUAUUUGUUUCAUAAAUGACAUAUGUGUCGCUAGUAUCUGUGUAAGAAGAUCCAUUCAGCUUUGAAUCUACAAAGCUUUCCUGUAUGUGCGUGCUGUUGAAAUAAGACAAAACGACAACGUAUGGUGGUUCAUUGGCGAACCGAUGACAUUCAUAUGCAUAUUACAAGUUUUAUGGAAAGCACAUUUGCGUGACCGAAAACGAAGUGGCAAAAAUUCAGUAAUAGUAUAUGCAUCCAAUUAUUAAAGAGACCUUUUCACGUUUUGGUUGAUUGACAAAAAUUGAGAAAAAAAUGUUUCAGAUUCGCAAACUUUCAUUGAACAUGUUUUACGAUGUUUGUGAAGAAACGGUAAUACUGAACAUUUACCAUGCUCUUAAAUAUCCAUUAUAUGCAUCUUUUGAAGAUUUAAAAACCUGAAAAAUUCAAAGCGUUGCAACGCAAAACGAUUGAAUAAUUUGAAGAGUUAUUUUGUUGUCGUUAUAUUUUGUGUUAUUACGAGGAUUUCUUAUUUAAAGUAUCAAAUACAUCACUCACUGUAUAAGCACGGAUGGUCGAGUGGUCUUAGCGUUAGACUUUAACUUCAGGGGUCAGUGGUUCGAGCCAAGUUGAGGGUUACUUUUUUUCUUUCUUUAAUUGUAUUCUUGUUUUUUACUGUUGCCUUUUAGAUCCCAUGUUUACAUUUAUCAAUAUAAAGCAUUUACUGACAAAUUUAAAUGCAUGCCAAAAUCUGUGAAAAGGUCCCUUUAAUUGGUAACAAUAAAGUAAUUUCCAAUGAUAGUAAAUGUAUGCUUAAGAGAGAGAAAAAAACAAAUCUACGUCAAACUGAUAAUAAGAUCCAUUCGACAUGUGUAAUUGCAAAUUCUUAAAAAGAACACAUGUGAUAUACUGAUCAAAAUGUCCUCAUCGAAUGUACUGAUCAAAAAAAUGAAUUGAUAAAUCAUGAAAUUGGUAACUGCGGUUAUUAUACCAAUCAGAACACCACCACCUUGCAAGGGAGACCAAUAUGAGGAGUUUGAGCUUGCACGAAAUUAAUUCAUCCGUUUUCAAUUUUUGCAAACAUUUGCCAGUAUUCGUACACGUGUAAUGGUGAAUGUAUUGAUUGAAUGGGGCGUGUUUUAUUUUUGUAUUCUAUUUUUGUUGUGAAUAAGUAUUGUAGAUGUAUCAACUAGAUGUAUAUAUUUUUCAUUUCGUUGGUGUUGUUGUUGUUCGCCAUUUCGAACAGUAUUUCAGUUAUAUCAAUGCGGGCAGUUAUACUACUCACACCAAAAUAGCAGGAAAAAAGUACUUAGUGCACAGUUGUGCGAGUAACUCACAACUUUCAUUGAAAUUUAUGUAGGGUAAACAUUGCUGUACAAAGGAUUUCAUGACAAAUUCCAAAGCAAGUUAUGUGGUCGGGACGGGGAUCGAUUAUUCAUUUCAUAUAGCUUGCUUUAAUCGGCUAUUGAAAUACAUAAAUAAGUAUUGAACUAUUAUAUAUUAGUUUUGAAACAGUAUUUAACCAUUGUUAUUAUUCUAGUUAUUGAUUUAAUCUUGCAUUUUAACUUUUAAAUGCAUUGUAUCAUAAAGCAUUACUUUAUUUAUAGUAUCAAUUGAAUGUGUGUUUAUUAUGAUUGUUACCAUUUGUCAACAGCACAAGAUAAUGCAUUGAAGUUUUCCAUGAUUUUUAAAAUGUUAUUUAACAUGUGUACAAACUUGUAUGCGUAUGAAUAAAUAAUAAAAUAUA